AUGGAUGCCCACCAACAUCUCGACAUUAUCAUUCAAGAUGAUAUGAAGUAUGAUAUCCGCCUUGAAAAUGCUCAAAUGGAAAGCGGGGAGUUCUACAGACUCGGUAACCCAAAUGAUGUCCUAACCACCGACGACAUUAAUGAUAUGAGCAUUCGCCAUAACGGUGGCUGUCGGGAGAUUUGCUCCAUAAGCGAACCGGGUUCCAUGUUAGGGCCCUCUGGUGCAAUAGACCUUGUUGACGAUGUGAGGGAUACGAGAAUUUGCACUCUCACUUGGCGUGCAACUACGCAGCCUGGAGAACAGAAUUCAAUUCUGAUCCGUAACCACAACCCGAAAUACCGAGUCGAUAUUGGAAAAUGGAAAGAAUUCGGCACUGUAGGGGAUGUUCCGGUUUCCAUCGGAGAGAACUGA